GCUAACAGCGCUUGGCUGCCUGGGGUUCGUGCACUCGGGCGCGCAAGUGCGCGGGAGCUCGGCGGCGCGAAGCCGGGAGGAACCCCGCGUUCUCCGCACUAGCAUAGCUGUGCUUGGGUGGUGGUCGGCACCAGAGUGUCUCCGGUCCUGUCCAUGCGGUCUUCAGACAUGGGUGUUGUGCUGCUCCCGCCGCCGCUGUCCAUGCUGAUGCUGGUGCUGCUGCUGCUGCCAGUGGCCAGCGCCUCGGAAGCUGAGCACCGCCUGUUCCAGUACCUGUUCGAAGAUUACAACGAGAUCAUCCGGCCAGUGGCUAACGUGUCCCAUCCUGUCAUCAUCCAGUUUGAGGUGUCUAUGUCUCAGCUGGUGAAGGUGGAUGAAGUAAACCAGAUCAUGGAAACCAACCUGUGGCUGAAGCAAAUCUGGAAUGACUACAAGCUGAAAUGGAAACCCUCUGACUACCAAGGGGUGGAGUUCAUGCGAGUCCCUGCAGAGAAGAUCUGGAAACCAGACAUCGUGCUUUACAACAAUGCCGAUGGGGAUUUCCAAGUGGAUGACAAAACCAAAGCUCUACUCAAGUACACAGGAGAAGUGACUUGGAUCCCUCCGGCUAUCUUUAAGAGCUCGUGCAAAAUCGAUGUGACCUACUUCCCGUUCGACUACCAAAACUGCACCAUGAAGUUCGGCUCCUGGUCCUACGACAAGGCAAAGAUCGACCUGGUCCUCAUUGGCUCCUCCAUGAACCUCAAGGACUACUGGGAAAGUGGCGAGUGGGCCAUCAUUAAAGCCCCGGGCUACAAACAUGAAAUCAAGUACAACUGCUGUGAGGAGAUCUACCAAGACAUCACGUACUCGCUGUACAUUCGCCGCCUGCCGCUGUUCUACACCAUCAACCUCAUCAUUCCGUGCCUGCUCAUCUCCUUCCUCACUGUGCUCGUCUUCUACCUGCCCUCCGACUGUGGGGAGAAGGUGACGCUUUGCAUCUCCGUGCUCCUCUCCCUGACUGUCUUUCUCCUCGUGAUCACCGAGACCAUCCCUUCCACCUCACUGGUCAUCCCCUUGAUCGGGGAGUACCUCCUCUUCACUAUGAUUUUUGUCACCUUGUCCAUCGUCAUCACAGUCUUUGUGCUCAAUGUGCACUACAGAACUCCGACCACACACACAAUGCCCACUUGGGUCAAGGCUGUGUUUUUGAACCUUCUCCCCAGGGUCAUGUUUAUGACUAGGCCGACCAGCACCGAGGAAGACGCCCCAAAGGCGAGGAACUUCUACGGUGCUGAGCUCUCAAACCUGAACUGCUUCAGCCGUGCAGACUCCAAAAGCUGCAAGGAAGGCUACCCCUGCCAAGAUGGGACAUGUGGCUAUUGCCACCACCGUAGGGUAAAAAUCUCAAAUUUCAGUGCCAACCUCACAAGAAGCUCCAGUUCUGAGUCUGUUGAUGCGGUGUUGUCCCUGUCUGCUCUGUCACCAGAAAUCAAAGAAGCCAUCCAAAGUGUGAAGUAUAUUGCUGAAAAUAUGAAAGCACAGAAUGUAGCCAAAGAGAUUCAAGAUGAUUGGAAGUAUGUUGCCAUGGUGAUUGAUCGCAUUUUUCUCUGGGUUUUCAUCCUGGUGUGCAUUUUAGGAACUGCAGGAUUAUUUCUGCAACCCUUGAUGGCCAGAGAUGACACAUAAACUGAGACCUGUUCGCCAAGGCUCACCUGUGCUGAUGCAAGGGCACUUUCUCAAUAGCACCACACUUUAUCCGAUCACUGGCUUGGAGUUUGCUAUUUCAAGGGUUAUUUUCAACUCAUCUUGAUUUUUUUUUUUUUUGUAAAAAAGAAAUGUGGGAGAAAAUGUCUAGUUAUUUAUUAAGGAUAAAUGAACAUUUUACUAUCCCCAUGAUUGAAAACUAGAUAGAUUUUUUUUCUGUUCAUAAAUAUUAAAUCCAUGGGCUCGGGAUCUCUAUAGAACUCAGUCGUUCAGCCCAUAAACUACUUGAAGUUAUAGAGUAUUCCAGCAGCACCCCAUCACUUCCAUUCUUUACUAUUUUUCCAAAGGCUUACACCUCAAUUUUGUUGCUGCUAAACCCCACAUAUCAGACCCUGAGAUGUGACGCCUGGUCUCACACUCAUUGUUAGUAAACUACCAUAGUCUGUUCAAGUUGCUAAUUUAGAAGAACAUCCCAUAGAGCCCUGAAAGACUUUAAUCCCAGCACUCAAGAGGUAGAGUCAGAGGCAGGUUGGAUCUCUGUGGAUUCCAGGCCAGCCUGGUUUAGUUAGUGAGCUCCAGCCCAACCAUGGCUGCAUAGUGAAACACUGUCUCAAAACAACAAGAUCACAAAAACUGGGCAGCUAAACACAAAGUUAUUUCUCAUAGUUUAGGAUCUUGAGAAGUCUAGGAUCAAGGUGCCAGCAAGACUGUCUGCGGAGGAGUCUUCUUCAUAAAGCAUACCUUCCAGUGUGUCUCCAUGCGGCUGAAAGGGCUAGUGUUUCUGGAAUCUUAAUUCCCUUUGUCAAGGCAUGCCCUCGUGACCUAAAACCCCAAACACUACUGCAUGGUAGGUUCGCACAUGAGCUGCAGGGAGUCAUCCAGACUCUAGGAUGUCAGGGUAAGGCUUCACUACUAUAGCACUAGGGUUUGGGCUCCCUAGAGUCAAGUUGGGAUGAGAGAUGUGUGGACUUCGGCAGCCGAUGGUUCCUGCCCUCUAGGAUGCCAAUACAGGCCUGUGUGCUUCGGUUGUCAGAGCACCCAGAAUGUAGGACGUUGUCAAAAUUAGUUAUGCUUGAGAAGCUAUUUGAGCGAAUUGAGUUUCCCAUAUUACAUUUCCAAAUCUAAACCACAACUCCUAGAGUUCACAGAGACCAUUUUGAGUAUUCUCACUAGUUUUUUUUUUCCUAUGCAAAAAUAAAACCUGACAAUUGCAAUUCACUGUGGCUCAUACUUCAGUAAGUCAAAAGGAAGUGUGUUCUAUGAAGUUUGUUGGCUUACAAAUGUCUCAACAGUGAUUGAGAUAUAGGAGAUGGGGGAUAUAUACAAACUAAGAUAGCUAACAGCAAUUUACAUUAAACUAGUUUUUAUUAGUGUUUCCUCAUAUUGUUAAGCACCUGAGAUAAUAAAUUUUAAAGGAGGAAAUGUGUAUUUGGGCUCAUGGUUUCAGUCCACAGCCACUCAUGUGGUCUAUUCCUUUUGGGCUUGUGAUGAGACAAUACUUCAUAGUAAAAAGUGUAUGAUUCAUCAAUGACAUUCACCCCAAAGCAGCCUGGAAGCAGAAAGAAUGGGGAAGAAGCUGGGCUCCUGUUUUUCCAAGAGGGAUGCACUCCCAAUGACCAAGCUCCUUUCUUCUUAGAGGUGCCACACCUCCGAGUAGCACCAAAUAGGCUGAUGACCAAACCUUUGAUACACUGGCCUUUGGCACUUACUCAGAAUGUGGCCUGGUUUCCAAAGACUUAUGUCCAUUUCAUAAUUUGUUUUUUGCAAGAGUUCCCAAAGUCUUAACUGCUUCAGAAUUGUUCCAUAGUCCAUGUCAAACUCGGCAGAGAAGCUAUAAAAAGAUUAUAAAUACCCAGGAUACACUGACACUAGGUAAACAUUUCUAUUCCACAAAGGAGCACAGAUGUGUAGAAAAGAUCAGAUCAAAGCAAGAGCAAAUAAGCAGGGCAGACAUCUGGCCUCUGGCACACACAGUGGCAGUGUGUGAAAUCCCAGGGGUGCAGGCAGUCCUGUUCCUACAGACUGGCUGACUGCAUGCAGCCCCUGUGCCUGUUCUCUAGGGCUGGCUGAACUUACCUCACACAGCUCUCCUCAGCAGGCACUCCACAGUUUGUCACCCCUUGCUUUCUGGGGUCUCCAUUGUAGAUUCAGCUUCAUACUCUUGUUUCCAACAUAUUGCCAGUUUGAGAGCUGAUAACCUCUGAAAUCUUUGUGGAAACCUCCAGGAUGCCACAACUCUUGCACUUUGCAUGUCUGUAAAAUUGGCAUUAUGUGGAUGACGGCCAGGUUUGCACAAGCUAUAUAGGGCCUACUCGAGCAUCUGCAGAUGAGGAAGGAGUUUCAGGGCAACAUUUUCUAGAUUGCCUUAUGGAAGGAGGCUGUCCUGGGUCUAUUUAGGAAAAAUGUCUGCAUUCUUUGAGCUUGCAACAGGCACAAGUCUGAAUGAUUCACAGUAUUGUAUUAUCCUGGUGCCAAGCACGUGACUUCCCCUUUAAAAUAUAUUUUUACUCAUUGAGAAUUUCAUACAUAUUUUGAUCAUACUCAUCCUCUCCUCUUACCACUUCCCAGACACAUCCUCUCUUCUUGACUCAUUCAACUUUGUGUCCUUUAAAAGUGAUAAUAAAAAAAUACAUUUAUC